GCGCCCAGCAGGCGGCCAUGUUGGAGCGGCGGAGGCGGCGCAGAGGUGCGUCUUGGGUCCCCGCGGCGGCGCCGGUGCCAAGUGCUGGUUUUUGGAUACCCAGGCAGACCUGCAGUGCCUAAUGCCAUGAGCGUGGUAGUGCAGCAUGUGGAGGAGAAAGCUGUGCAUUCCUGGUCACGCAUCUCCACGGCAGGGAAGAAGGCCCUGGAAGAGGCACUGCUUGUCUUUAAUCCCAUGAGCCAGGAUCUCAGUGCCACGGAGGCCCAGCUCGUGGCUUUCCUCCAAGGCCUGCGAGAUGAUGGCUUCCAACCCACCAUCCUACGCAGUGGUGACGUCUAUGGCUAUAUGUCAUGCACCGCCAGCCCUCCGAGCCAGACGAAGCUCCAGGCUCGCGCCACCAACCCAGCUGCUACGUCACCCCCAGCCAGUGCUCCCCAAACUGCCAUGUCUCUGCCCGCAGGCCGGGCCACGCUGCUCCCCAUGCCACUGUCUGGCAGGCUGGCCAGUGGGUCUACAUCAGCCCUUGCCAAGCAUGCUACCACCAACCUGCUGCUGAACUCCUUGAAACAGUCAAGUGCCAGCCACACCAGUGGUACAACAGUGGGCUUCCCUGCCCACCUCUAUCCAGGUGUCUAUCCUGCCAUGCGGCUCUCUGUUGUCCUCGAGGCACUGGUUCCACUCAAGACUCCUUGCUUGGGUGCUAAGCACAAGGCACAGCCACUGCCGCUGUCACUUGCAGACUCUACCCUGAAACGGAGGAAGGGUUCAGGGAACUCCCAGCCCAAAGCUCCCAGAAAAACCACAAACAAGGGCCUCAAGUGUCUGACUACCAAAGGGCCUGGGGCUGGACCCCAGCGAGGCACUGGGUCCCAGAACAAGACUUACAGGGCCACUGGAUCCCUCAGUGGCCUACGAAUGAAAGGGGGCACUGUCCUAGGCACCAAAACAGUCCAGGCCAAGGCAGCUCGAACACUCACCAAAGCUGCUCGUGCCUGUGCCAGCAUGGCUCGAACACAAGCCAAGGCAGCACAAAGCAAGGCCAGGGCAACACAGGCCAAGGCCAAGGCCAAGGUAGCACGGGCUAGGGCCAAGGCCAAAGCAGCACGGGCCAGAGCCAAGGCCAGGGCAGCACAGGCCAAGACCAAGGCUAAAGCCAAGGUCAUCAAGGCCAAGGCAACUCGGACCCAGUCCAGGGGCACGCCAAAGGGAUCUGUCAGGGCCAGGACUGCAAGGAAAGGCCAGAAAGCCCAUUCUGUGAUGGUGGGACAGAAAAGAAAAAAAGUGGAGGAGGCAAAAGAUCUUCCCCCAAAGAAGAGAACACGGCUUGGGCCCCAUUCUAAGGCGAGGCUAGGGCCUGGAAGAGCAAAGCUUCAGAAGUUCCAAGCUAUAAAGGUAGAUAGGAAGUCCUCAGAUGAUGAGGUUCGACUGUGGGCCCAACGGGUCCUCCAUGUGAACCUGUCUCCAGUCGUAUGGCUCCAGCCGUUGCUGCCAUACUCAACAUCCUGAUUCCUUCAUAUGGCAAUGUCGGGGAAAACAUUUGAGCUGUCUGUGCGUGUGGCCUGUGGCACAGUGUGUGGCCCGCUCCUGGAUUCUGCAGCUCUGAGGACACUGGGCACCUCUCCAGGGCCCUUGUGGCCACCAGCCUCCUUUUGAAAACUGAAGGAUUUGGGAUGGGUGGGUAGUGGGAAGGGUGUUCUCAUGGCACAAUGCACUGUGACUUGUUCUUCAAGUUGUAUGUCUGCUGUUCCAUUUAUCAUGUUUUAUACCUUUCCACCUUCCAGUCUCCUUGCUCAUCCUACAUGAGUUUUUUAUUUUUAUUAUGUAUGGCUGCUGAUAGGCCAGCUUGUGUAUGGCAAAAGUGCCCCCAGGGACAGACACAGGCAGAGGGUUCUGGUAGCCUGGAUCAGGUCGUUAAUUUGAAUGAUAAGGUGUCUGUGGGAAGGUUCAGCUCCUGGGCCUUUCGAGAGAUGAGGGGAGAUUCAGACACUGGCCUCUAUGGAUGUGAGAGAGAUCCAGAGAGCAGGGAUGGAGCCACUCUAAGGUAAAACAUCUCUCUCUGGGUUGCUUGCCCCAGUUUUUAUCCAGAUAGGACCCAUUCAGGACUGUGGGCAGCUCAGUGGGAAACCUUGCAGCCAGCAGGUUUUUAGGUCAAGGAAGAGAGCCUUUCUGGUACUACUCUCUGGGGGCCAAGCAAACAGUCUGGCCUGUCUUUUGUUUGUUUCUUUGUUUUCUUUUCCAAGGUAGGGUCUCAUUCUAGCCCACGCUAACCUGGAACAUUCUGUAGUUCCCAGGCUGGCCUCAAACUCACAGCAGUUCUCCUGCCUGUGCCUCCUGAGUGUUAGGAUUAAAGGCGUGUGCCACCGUGCCCUGCUUGGCCUUGUCUUUUUAGCAAGUUGGGGCUGAAAUCUUAGGGCUGUUCCUGGUUUUGUUGGGUGGCUGGGUAGGGCAGGCUUAAAAGGGUUAAAGGUGCCUCUCCUUUUGCUAAAAUUGACCAGUCUCAACUUUCCCACUUGGUAGCCAGGGGCUCAGCUUUGAAUGAACCAAAAAGCUACCUUCACUGACCAGAGCAUUUUCUCCUUCAUCGGGUAGAGUGCCAAUGCUAAUGGAUCCAGAGGACCUCUGUCUCAUCAGCAGUGCUUUCUGACUGGAUUGCAAGUGCUCUACUCUCCAAAAUCCAACCCCAUCAAGUUGGUCGAAUGGUGUACUCCUUUCAUUCCAGCAGAUGUAGGAGGAUCACGAAGUUCAAGGCCAGCCUGGACUAGAGUGAAAUCCUACCUCAAGAAAUCCCCCCCCCAAAAAAACCACCACAACGAAGUCCAGUCUCAUCUUGCCCCCAAACACAGCCUGUAUGUUUUGUUUUGGAUGUUGUUGACACAUGUCUUGAAAGGUGGUUGGGCCCUGAGUAAAAGCAGCUUCCUGUC